AUGAGUGUGCCUCAAGCGGUCAGAACAAGUUUUUGGCAACCAGCCCAACCCGAAGAUGAAGAUAGAGCCGUAUUGAAUUGUUUUAAAAAGCGAAUGAAUGUGAUAGAAGAGUGCGAGCUGUUCGACGAAAGUGACGAUGAUUAUGAGAUAGAUGUUGACAAACUAAUAGAGAGUGAACAAAAUCUCAGUGAAAAGUUCAGAAAACGAAACGAGGAUCCAAAUUUCUAUAAGGAUUAUCUUGGAGAAGGGUCGACCCAUACAGUGAAACCUUCUGCAGUCUCGAAUACAAGUAAGGGUGUGAUACCUAUUGAAAAAAGCACUGGUGCAAUAUUUGGUUCACAUAAGAGGAUUGAUGAGGUAACAUACCGAAAUUACAUCAACGCCAAAAGGCCUUCAACAUUGGUGGUUUCAAAAAUUCAAGGCCUUCAACCAAGAAUUGACACCACCGGCGUUCCUUUAAGGGAAAAUGAACGAUACAAAAAAUUUGAAGACUACGUUAUCGACAAAAAGAAGCAGGCCGAGGAGGAUCACAGAAUGAAAGAUUUCAGAAAAAGCCCUUACUCUGUCACAAACAUGAUAAAGGUGAGAUGUAAAAAGAAGCUGAAAGAUGGAGAAACGUCUUCAAAGAAAAGCAAAAUCAAAAAUACCCAUAAGCCUAAACCACAAAAAGAGGUUCCAUCUUCUCUUUCCAAACCAAAGAAAACCGUGAAAAAAGUGGUCGAACAUCAUCACCAUUUCUAUAAGGAUGGUCAGAUUGUUCAUUCUGAAGUUUCCUCUUCUUCACAGCCUCCUCCUAUUGUGAUGGAGGAGCCGCAAAAGCCACUACUUCCCGCAAAGUAUGACUACAUUACUACCAACCCAACUCAGCAGACAUCACAAAGUUAUACCGUAAAACCUCUGGAUCAGAGCGUCUCAGAAACGUCCUCUCAAAAAAGCAAUACCUUGAGUACACACUCAAAAGUGUCCAUUGAGCCCCUACCUAAUCCUCCUGAGACCAAAGAAGAAAGACCAUAUCUACGAAACGACCAAAGUGAAAAGGAAAAUAUGUUGCUGGGAAAUAACACCUCAAAGGAAGCCAUUUUUACCAAAGCGACAGUGGGGUCAAAAACUCAAAAGAACAAUAAUCCAGAGAAAAACUUGCGUGUUCCUUUCGAUUCUAGAGCACAAAUUCAAAAAGAAAACCCUAAUGAAAAUCCUCCUGAUAGAUAUUCAGAGAAACUAAACUUUAAUCUUGCCUCAAAUCACAAGAGCCAGAAUGAGUCACACGGUCAACCACCAAUUAAUUUAUUCAAAAAGAAAGAGAUGACUUCAGAGGAAGGUCAUAAAAUGAAGGAGUUAAGCAAUAGCAUUGAAUGUAUCCUGUCAAACAGAAAGGACGACAUGUCUAUUGAUCUCAAACUCAAACGAUUCUUGAAAAAAAGAGAGAGAAAGAAACAAAAGAACAAAAGAUCUUCUUCAACAAGCCCAUUACGACAGUCUUCAUCGUCACUUCAAUCAAGCACCAAAACAAGCACUUCCUCUCUCGUGUCAUCACGAUCACUUCAUCAUGUGAGAGAAGUUCUGAGUCAUUUAGAUUUCUCAAAAGUGAAAGCGCUUCCAAUGGAGAAAAAGUUGACCAUUGAAGAUGUACAUCCAUACCACGUUGCUUCACUUUCAACCCCUAAUGAGAUUGGAUCUUUUGUGGAAAUGGCCGAGUCGAGUGUCAACAAAAUUCUAAAGCAACUCGAGCAAGUUCCCGAGAAUUUGGAUAACUCAAAGAGCAAGCAAGUUUGUGAAAAGCUGCUUCAGUCACAACUGGAGAGCAUCAAAAAGUUGGCUGACGAAGUGAAGGAAGCAUACCACUUGGCGACGGAGAAAGUCGAUUCCAGUACAAAGUUUGUUCACGAUGCAGAAUUGGAUGGCUUUGCUCGAUCAACCAAACUCCAUGAUACUACUGUGAAAGCUGAUAUUAAGGGCCAUGCUUAUCCACACUCCAUUGACGAAUACAAUAAGAGGAAAUCUGCUGGUGUUGAAGGCAAUUAUAAGAGUGUGAUUGAGAAAAAACAAGAGAUGUUGCCUUCCAGUUCUCAAAAUAGUUCCUCAAAAUCGAAACGACCUUCCUCAGCUCCACCUAAGGGCCAGCAAGUGAAGCAAGCGGUCACAGCAUCAAACACGGGUGCAAGACAACGCAAUGCUACUUCUGGCCAAACCUUGUCGCAACAACCGUCUCAGCCAAAGAAAUUGGUGGACGAAACCAUCACACCUACAUCCAAACAACCAAAAUUCAAGAAACCCCUGAGAAUUGAAAUUGAAAACAACGAUGAAUCCACACAUGUGGUCGAGGAAGAAGUUGUAAACUCACCACCCACUAGUCCUGAACAUGAUCAUCCUUCAGCCAAGUCCACAUAUUUUAAUUUAAAUAGCUCUGUCGAAGAAAAUAAUGUUGAGGUAAAUCCAUAUUUUUAA